GCAGUUGGACUACAAAUCCCAAAAAGCAUAGUAAAAAAAGAAAAAGCCCAUAGAACUUCCUUUUGUACAAGGGUCAGUAAAUAUAACAAAGCUGUUUGAGAUCUCUUGGUCAGCACCAUGGGGCGGCUGGAUGGGAAGAUCAUCCUGUUGUCUGCAGCAGCACAGGGCAUUGGCCGGGCAGCUGCUAUUGCUUUUGCUAAAGAAGGAGCCAAAGUCAUUGCUACAGACAUCAAUGAAUCGAAACUGCAAGAACUGGGGAAAUAUCCAGGCAUUCAAAUACGGGUUCUGGAUGUCACCAAAAAGGAGCAGAUCGAAAAUCUGGCCAGGGAGAUUGAAAAGAUUGAUGUCCUCUGCAACAUUGCAGGGUUUGUUCAUCAUGGAACCAUUCUGGAGUGUGAGGAGCAAGACUGGGACUUCACAAUGAACCUCAAUGUUCGCAGCAUGUACCUAAUGAUCAAGACAUUCCUUCCAAAGAUGCUUAAACAGAAAUCUGGAAAUAUUAUAAAUAUGUCUUCUGUGGCAUCCAGCAUCAAAGGAGUUGUGAACAGGUGUGUCUACAGUACUUCAAAGGCAGCAGUUAUUGGGCUAACAAAGGCUGUGGCUGCUGAUUUCAUUGAACAAGGCAUCAGAUGUAACUGCAUAUGUCCUGGAACUGUUGACACACCAUCUUUACAGGAAAGAAUCCAAGCCCGGCCUAACCCAGAACAGGCAUUGAAAGACUUUCUAGCCAGACAGAAGACUGGCAGGAUGGCUACUGUGGAAGAAGUGGCCCAUCUCUUUGUGUACUUGGCCUCUGAUGAAUCUGCCUAUGUGACUGGUAAUGAAUUAAUCAUCGAUGGAGGAUGGAGCUUGUGAUUUACUCUACCUGCAAAUGGAAAUUCAUAUUAUGAUGGGCAAAAAAUGAGGAUGGUGUUUCUUGAAAAGAUUGAGAUCAUGUAUGUGAUGUCUUUCCCAACAAAUCUGUUAUCUCUAGAUUGAUCUUACUGAUUAGCUUUUCCUUAAAUAGAGAAACACUAGAGUAAAACAUACUUCAUGUGGCUUCAAUUUAUGGCAACUCCAAAAACAUGAAAGAACAGCAGUUUAAUGUUUAAGAUUUAAGGAGGCCAAAAAUAUUAUUCAAGUUGCAAAAUCUGAGUUGUGUUUUAAGCAAGAUCUGAGUGAAAGGAAUUAACUAUUAUCUUUAUUCUCAUCUUAUGAGGUAUUUGAAAAUUAAAUACUCACAAUUAGAUUUUCAUGUACAGGAACAACUAUGCAAGGGCAAUAUGCUAGCAGGUAUAGAUGGGGGUAUAUGUGAGAGGAAUAUUCUUAAAUACAGGGGUGGAUCUUCAUGAAUAUACUUGACUUGUAGCACAAAAGCAAAAGGAAUUAAUUUUACCACUCUAGAUAGAGCAAAUAUAUUUGUCUCCAAAAUUAUGUACUAAUAUUGGACAAAUUCUGUAAAAUCUGUUGCUAGGUGCUACACUUUAGUGCUCUGUGCCUUAUUCUCAAGUACCAAUACAGCUCACACUAAAGCACAAGGCAAAAUUUCCCUGAAAAGGACUGUUUCUACAAGAGUAGUGCUGAUGUUUUUAUUGUGAUAGCACAUGGUAGCUUUGAUUCAUGAAAUAGAAACCUAUUAUUGUCAAGUUUCAUACUCUGGGAGAAAACAUAGGCCCUGACCCAGAAAUCUAAGGCAAUGAAUAACCUGAAUUCACAAAGCAUUUGUUUUGCUAACAUAUUGCUUAAAACCAACAUGAAUUACAUGGUCUGACUGCCUAUAAAUAUUGUUACCUUUAACAUAGCUCCUUUUAUCUAGUUCAUAAAUGAAGCUCUAUGUAAUUUAAUACAGAUCUUCUUAUACAAUAUAUACAUAUAUAUGUGAGGGAGGAAUUAAGGACUAAAUACUACUUACUAUGAUUCAUCAAUCAAAGCACAGGAAAAAUGUACAAUAUUGUCUGUGUGUUUCUGUAGCAACAUAAACUGCCAUAUUUAUAAAAUUACUGCUUAAGCUUUUCAGUAUCAGCUGAAGCAUUAAUAUAAAUUACUUGAUUUCAAAGAUAAUGAAACACAUCUAGUUAAAAUCUGGCCUCUUAUUUUCAAAUAAUUGCAUGUAAAUCUAGAUUUUACAAAUGAGAAAAAUAUUGUGAACGUUGAUUUCAUUGGGCUUAUUAUGGGCUUAACAUUUACCUUUAAUCAUGGUUGGAGCAUUCUGACCUUGUGUAGUUUGUUUAUGGGGUUUUAGAGAAUCUAAUGUUUCAAUCAUGUGACCCUGGCAGCCAAGCAGGAUCAAGCUGGGGCACAAAUCCAAAGUUAUCCAAAAUGGCUCCAAAAAUGUUCACAGACAUAAAUUCAAUUAUUAAAAACUGAGGCUGGCAGGACAUUACUUCAAUGGUUUCAGAGUUUAAUAUGAAAGCCAAAGUCCUUCUUUUGUAGUAGAUGCAGAAGGCUUACAUUGAAAAGAGAAAAUUUCACCACUGCAGUCACACAGGGAACAUGUACUGUGUAUUCUGAAAAUAUAAUUAAGAAUCUGAGAGAAAAUUCAUUAUACUUAUUGCACAUUAACCAUCAUUACUUAAUGUUUCUAAGCUUGCUUAGAAGUGGUUGUAGGUGAUUCCAGUAUAGGGUUGCUCAGGGUGAAAAGUCGCUGCUGUUGUUGUCAAAGCACUUGUGCAAGAAAAUAAGUACCACUUGCCUUUAAAUUGCACUAAAGGCACAAAGGGCUUUUUUAGUGGUAGGCCAAAAAUCUGGUGGACCAGAAAAGUAAAAAUCAGCAGAGCUUGCUGCCUCUUGCCUUAUUAGCAGUGCUUUUCAUGGAGGUGUUAACAGUUGCAACUCUGAAACUGUUCCAAUGUCAUGAGGUUUUUCAGCAGACUUGCAGGAAUUAUUAAAGGAAAAUGCUUCUUAAUGCUCUUGUGACCUAAUUCCCUAGUCUGUUUUUAA